GUUCCUUGGUGUGUACAGGGAGGGGUUCCUGCUGAAUAAAAAGAACACAUGUUGCUCAAGGGGUGAUACUGUUGUCACUGAACACCUAUCUGUACAGCCCAGGCUCAAGCAAGAAUGUCCCAAGCCAGCAAAUCACCUCAGGCUCCCUGUGUCCUGACUACGGCUGGGGGAGUUCCAACAGGAAACAAACUUAAUGUGAUGACCAUUGGCCCUCGGGGGCCACUGCUAAUGCAGGAUGUGGUGUUUACAGAUGAGAUGGCACAUUUUGACCGGGAGCGGAUCCCUGAGAGAGUUGUUCAUGCCAAAGGAGCAGGAGCUUUUGGGUAUUUUGAGGUCACACAUGACAUCACGCAAUACUGCAAGGCCAAAGUGUUUGACACAAUUGGGAAGAAAACAGAUGUCGCUGUAAGAUUUUCCACUGUAGCUGGAGAAUCCGGAUCAGCAGACACUGUUCGUGACCCGCGAGGGUUUGCUGUUAAAUUCUACACGGAAGAUGGAAUUUGGGACCUGGCAGGCAACAACAUACCCAUCUUCUUCAUCAGAGACCCCAUCCUGUUUCCGUCCUUCAUUCACAGUCAGAAGAGGAAUCCACAGACCCACCUGAAAGAUCCAGACAUGGUAUGGGAUUUCUGGAGCCUUUGUCCUGAGUCCCUACACCAGGUAUCCUUCCUGUUCAGUGACCGUGGUAUUCCUGAUGGGCACAGACACAUGAAUGGCUAUGGAUCUCACACAUUCAAACUAGUGAACGCUGAAGGGAAAGCUGUCUACUGUAAAUUUCACUUUAAGACCAAUCAAGGUAUUAAGAACCUGUCCGUGAAGGAAGCAGAACGUUUAGUAGUUAGUGACCCGGAUUAUGGGAUUCGCGACCUUUUCCAAUCCAUCUGUAAAAAGAACUUCCCUUCUUGGACCUUGUACAUACAAGUCAUGACCUUUGAGGAGGCUGAGAAAUGCCCAUUUAAUCCUUUCGACUUGACCAAAGUCUGGACGCAUAGGGACUACCCUCUUAUCCCAGUGGGGAAGCUGGUCCUGAACAGGAACCCGGAAAACUAUUUUGCCGAAGUGGAGCAGAUUGCAUUUAACCCAAGCAACAUGCCACCUGGGAUUGAGCCCAGCCCGGACAAAAUGCUGCAGGGUCGUCUCUUUUCAUACCCGGACACACACAGAUAUCGCCUAGGAGCUAAUUACAUGCACAUUCCAGUGAACCGUCCCCGAGGAACACAAGUAAACAACUACCAGUGUGAUGGACCUAUGUGCUUAUUCAGCAUCCCAAGUAAGUAGGUUUGAAUUAGCCCG